CAUUCAUCACCGACAUAGAAAGACGAAAUACAUGCUGUCCGAUAUCCGAUGGAUUGGAUGAAAUUCGUCUGAAAAGCUGUCACGGUGGAAUAAGGGAGGAUCCUGUGAAUAAAUAAGCACCAAAGUGUCCGGAUAGGGUUUUUGAAACCGUGUUUGAUUGAAAACACCCCUCUGUUGGACGUUUGAAGCAUGCGGCGCACGUCUGGCUGGAAGAAGUUGAGCAGCAGAGAGAGCUUGGAAGGAUGCAGGGAAGAUGGCGAUGAAUGUAAAGAACAGAGAUGCUUUUUAUUCAAGUGCUGACUAUUGCAAUAUCUACAGCUCUCAGCCUGUUAACUAUGGAGAUUGCAGUCAUUAUUUCCCUCGGAUGACAGGUCCAGACCCAGUUCUGAAGCCGCCUCUUAGUUUGAUGUGUCAGCAGCCACCUCAGCCCUUCCAGGCCAUGACUCCGACUCAGAACCUCAGACCUCCACCCGUGAUGAUGCCUCCGGACCCCUUGCAAUUCGCGCACUGCACUCCUCUAGCCGUAAAGCCGCCCCCUCACCUCCAGAUGCCGCCCAACCCACCCAUCCCAGCACCUCCCGUCCUCAGUCCAAAGCCCCCUGAGGAAGAUGGUCAGGCAGUGGGUGCUGACCAGGAAGCAACUCUGGAAGAGCUUUGCAAGCCUUUGUACUGUAAGCUUUGUAACGUCACUCUCAACUCUGCCCAACAGGCUCAGGCACAUUAUCAGGGGAAAAACCACAGUAAGAAGCUGCGUAAUUUUUAUGCUGGUAGCCAGCAGCCACCUCCCAUUAGAAUACCAGAGGUAGUAGAGCCUGUUUCCCAGCAACCCUCAGCCACUCCACCCACAGAUUCUGCAAAUGUGACUGCCAACCAGCCACUCUCUAAGGGCGCUAGCAGAGUCAUACUGGCCACGGAAAACGACUACUGCAAGCUGUGUGACGCUUCCUUCAGCUCCCCUGCUGUGGCCCAGGCGCACUAUCAGGGCAAAAACCACGCCAAAAGACUGCGGCUGGCUGAGGCGCAGCAGAACGCCACGUCCUUAGAGUCGUCCGACGCUCAGAGACGGCCCCGGAAAGAAGGGUACGAGUACAGAUUAAUGAAGAACCGCAGGGCUCAUAUCAACACUGCCAUGCCAGGCCCUUACUACAACCCACGGCCGAGGCAGCGUAUCCCGCGAGACCUCGCGAUGUGCGUCACACCCAGCGGCCAGUUCUACUGCUCAAUGUGUAACUCGGGUGCCAGCGAGGAAGCCGAGUUUCGUCUUCACCUGGAGAGCAAGCAGCACAAAAGCCGAGUGUCCGAGCAACGUUACCGUAGUGAGAUGGAGAAUCUGGGAUACACUUAAGAGGCAUCCAAUGUGUGAUUCCAAGAUCCUGAAGAAAUAAUCUUGCAAUUCUGCAAGUAGCCACUUUUGUUUUAAAAUGGAAAAUGACAUUUUUUAUGUUUAAUUGUUUUUAAUCUAGAAGCAAUUUAUGAGCUUAAAUUCACACACACUGCAGAGCAAAAGUAGCUUUUGUGCCAGACUGAGAGGAACAUUAAUUGGUGGCAUUGAAAGUUUGAGGAAGCUAUAUUUAAUAAGGGAUAUCUAAAGUUUGAAAUGCUCAUAAUUAUUAUAAAAAUUAUUAUUUCUAAUUAGCAUGAAAGUAGUAAAUUCUUAUCCUAGAUCACCUUACAAAUACAGUAUUAGUGUAUACUGCAGUGUUGUGGAUCAGAUACUUUCAAAAUGGACGUAUGUAUAUGUCUAUCAUUUUUUAUUAUAAUUUAUUUACUUCUAAUUACUAAAAUGACCUCUAACAUUCUUUGGAGAGGUUCUCAGCUAUUUUUUGCGUGCAAUUGAUGCCUCAAUAAGGGACAAAUCUAUCAGUUUCCUAAACAAACAGAAGUGGUAAUCCUACUCACUCUGAGCCGUAGAUUCACUGUGUUUCUUCAGGAGCUACAGAACGCACACGUUCAGUUAAGAGACUGCAUUACCAGGAGAAUCCACACCGCAGGUCUCCGGCGUGCCUGCUGAAUGUACUGUGAAAGCGAUGACAAUAGAUCUACCCCCGUCUGGCUUUGCACACCACACGUUUACUAGAUGUAGUGGGAGAUUUUCAAUCUAAUAAGCAUCAUUUGGUCUGUUUUGGGGUGUACAUCUGAUAUUAUUAACUAGCUUGCUUCAGUAUGAAAUGAUUUGGGUGAUUGUUGUUUAUUUUCAUCUUGGAUUAUCCCCAGGGAAUCUCUCCCCACACUAAAGGGAGAAAUGGAAAACAUGGCUAUUUUUAAUAAGGUCUGUGCCGCCCAUGCCCCUACCUCACAACCCUCUGACUUGUUAGUAUUCAAGUUGGCCUACCAAAGCUUAUCUGACAAAAAUAAUCAAUGAACCCCUUAGCUUUAUAUCAGUAUAAACUAAAAUCUAUUAGACAUUUUUGCCUCCCAUAUUUACUGAGUAAAACGUAGGAGCUGUUAAAGUCACCAUGAAACGGAAGUAGCGAAGCGAUAGUCUUCUCUUCUCUAUUGUGACGUAUAUCCAAGGGAAAAUGGCUUCUUGAACAAGAAAAAAUGUUGGGUGGAACGUGAUUUUGUCCAUUGGGAAUUAAUUAGAUGGCUGUGGUUUGCUAUUGGUCGAUUCCAUG